UAACACGACUAACUUGAUAUACAAAUCGGACACACUCCGCUAUCCCACGAGUUUGGCGGGGUGUUUUUAAAAUGUUAGGUUGGGACUCGUAACCUUCAGCGGUCCGUUUUCCCAUGACAACCUGCCACGAUAUGCAAAAUGACGUCGACACCCAAGUCAGGCCCACGAAGCCUGCUUCUUUCCUGGCGUGUGAGGCCGAGAAAAGUGUCCCGAGUCCCGCAGAGCCGAGCGUGGACUUCCCGGUGUCGGUGGUCCUUCCUGCUGGAGGCACCGGAGAAAGAACCGGGCUGCAGACACCGAAGCAGUUCUGCUACCUUCUGGGUAGACCGCUGAUAAGCUACGCCAUCCAGGCGUUCGAGAGGCUGCCCUGGGUCCAGAACAUCGUGGUCGUCGUUGCCAAAGAAAACAUGGAGCCGAUGACAGACAUCGUCCAGCGUUUCCAGCACAGGAAGGUUCGAGCAGUGCCAGGCGGCUCCACCCGCCACAGGUCCAUCUAUGAGGGUCUUUGCUCUCUGGACUGGGAGCCGACAGAGAGGCCGAAGGUGGUCAUCAUCCAUGACGCGGUGAGGCCCUUCGUGGAGGAGGAGUUGGUGCGCAAGAUCGCCGUGGAGGCCGACAAACACGGGGCAGCCGGGGCAAUCCGCCCUCUCGUCUCCACGGUGAUCGCCACCACACCAGACAGCUUUCUCGAUCACUCGCUGGAGCGGGCCAAGUACAGAGCCAGCGAGAUGCCUCAGGGGUUCAAGUACGAUGCCAUCCUUCAAGCCUACCAGCGGUGCACAGAGUUUGACUUGGAGUUUGGCACCGAGUGUCUCCAUCUGGCUCUGCAGUACUGCGGCAUCAACGCCAGGCUCAUCGAGGGCCCGCCAGCCCUGUGGAAGGUGACCUACAAGCGAGACUUGGCUGCUGCAGAGUCCAUUGUUAAAGACAGCUUGUCCAGGUCAGCCUGCAUCAUCACCGACGGUUCGUCUCAGGCCACGACUCUGGCUGAAGAACUGCAGAAGGCUGUUGCCACUAUGGAGAUGUGGACACAAAUCACAUUGUUAGUGAAGAAGCUCGACAUCAUCCUGGACCUGGACGGGAACUUGGGCAGGUGUCCGGUCCAGGAGUGGAACUUCAUCCAGGUUUCCAUCAAUCGCUCCGACCUGGCUGCAGUCCGGCCCAUCUGUGCAGCUCUAGAAGCGUCCGAUCGAGCUCUUCUCCACCCGCUGGUCGUCGUCUGGGUGUGUUUGAGCACUGCUGUCGAGCCGUCCGUCACAGUGCCGGAGCCAGAGGCAUUUAUGGAUCUGGCCUCGACUGCCAAGCUCCGAAAUGUCUUCCUGUACGGCAUCCAGCUCCGUCUGUGCACGGACUCUGCGCGCUGGCAGAGGGCGCUGUCCAAGCUGGCUGAGAUGACUUCCACCCUGAUCCGCGACAGGAGUCCGGUGCUGGUCGGGCAGGUGCUGCGGGCCUGAGAGCGCACGGUACUGAACUGUGCACGGAUCUGUCCCUUCUACUGACCUCGGCUUCUUCCUACUCAAAACUCACUCUAAACCUGAAGGGCAGAUGUUCACUGGCUCUACUGGUGGUUUCUACACUGACACCUAACUGACACUCCAGUCUGGCUGGAUCAAAGCAUUUGUUCAGCUCCAAAUGGCUGAUAUUGACUGAAAAGUAACCGAAGAAAGUUGAGCUAGAGGAAAAUAAAAUGAAACAAACCAAAACCACAUCAUAGUUAUACACUCAUGGUUAAUUUACGAGGUUGUAGCGCCACCUGGUGGGAGUGUCCUGUCAGUACAGGUUUGUUGCGGUCUUCCUCCAACAGGGGGCGAUAUUAGACGUGUAAUGGACCUCCUUGCUCUGUCAGAACUGGACCUGCGGUGAGUCCAGUUCUGAUGCUCGCUUUUGGAAUUAUGCUUCGAUUUUCCACUUGUUUUAUCUGCGCUUUUUGUUUUCUAGAUUUCAUUUUCCACAUUUGCUUUCACUUUACAUGAGUCGCUGAUGGUUCAUGUAAACCAGACUGUCCAAGUUCAGCUCAAAGACAAUUUAGAGACAAAUAAGAUGUGUAUAGUAUCGGUGGCUGGGAAGCCCAAUGAAACCGAGUGGAGGGUUGCAGAGUAGUAACUAAUGUUCAGCAGUCGAACACGGUCCAGAUCAGUCCCACGUUUCUGUCUCGGCUGCUUAAUAAAUGACUCUCAGCGUGAGUGCGGCUUCUCCGCCGACAGCCGAGUCUGACAUCAUCUCUGCUGCAUCACUUCAGCAGCUCCUCCUGCUGCUUGGCUCGACCCCCGACUGCGAGCACAUGUGAACCGGCCCGCUGCGGUUCUGACGCCGGGUUAGAGUCCAGCUGCAGAGGGAGCGUGAAUGCGGGGAUGGUGCUUCACAAAUCAUGAGCGGAACAAAACAUCAUCAUCUUCUGCAUCACCUGCGUCAGCUCCCAUCUACAUUCCCAUCACCGUCUUCAUGACCAGUGUGUGUGUGAGAGAGUUUGGACUGCUGCCAUCUCUUCUGUUCAUCCUCCUGCGCUUGUGGCCGUCCUGUGUCUCUGUGACUGUAAUUGCUCAGUAAUUGCUCUGCAAGUGUUGUUUCGCUGCUUCAUUUUCCCUCUUCGUCCUCCUCCUCUUCCUCGUCUUUAUUUCGCUGCCAGUAUUUUCUUUAAUGGAGCUCAAACUUCAGUUGUUGGGAUGGAUGAGUUUGACUUGGCCAGUGGUUGCGGACCCCCCUCCUCCCCGCCUACAUGCUCAGACUCGCCGCCGCAGCUCGGUUCUGACUGAUGACUGUCGUGGCCGCCUCCUUCUGCGCCACGUUCUUCUGGUCCCAGCUCCUCCAGCGAUGUUCAAUCAAGCCCACCAGCAGUGGGCGAGGCAGGACGUCCAUCACUGCGCCCACGCCGACACGCACAUGUGGACACACUCGCAAGACACUAACUUUAUUUAUACUGCACUAUUAAGACAACACCGA